AUGAACGGUGACUACGGACCUCCGGGUCCACUGUCCCAGUCGGGUGUAGGGAAACAGUCUGAACACGACUAUCCAACCAACCAACAUCCACUGCCGAACCACGAAAGCUACCACCAGCAAUUGUACGAACAUGUAUCACCGCAACGACAACCUCUAUCCAACGAACUACCUCAACUAUCCGACCAACCUCGACCUCAACUAACCCACCUAUCCAACCAACCUAUACCUCAACUACCCAACCACCAAGCGUCUAACAAACUUCCCCAACAUCGUGUACAACCCCUCCCACCUCUAGACCUAACAUCCCCCCCAACCCUAAACACCCUAACCUCCCUCCCACCCUUCACCCUCACCCUCCUCGUCCUGAUCUACCUCUCCCUCAAGAAAUCGGGGCUCCUGGCGAGGAUGGGCGGUAGCCGGGUGGGGAGGGUGCUGGUACCGGAGGCGGUGAGGGAGGUGUGGAGGCCUUUUGUUAGGUUGGAGGAUGCGGAGGGGGAGGCGGAGGAGGAGGAGGAAGGGAGGGUUGGUGGUGGUGUGAAGGGUGUGUCAGGGGAGGAUGGAGAAGCUGCACGACCGCAGGACGCACGAGAGAACGCGGACACGGAAGAACGCGCACGAGAGGACGAGGAUGCCGAAGAACGACUCGACACCGAAGAACGACCACGACCCGACACCCGCCCGCUCUACAAAACCGUCCUCCUCACCACACUCGGCAUCGCCCAGUCGCUCAUCUGGCUCGGCCUCGCGUCGUACCAUUUUUACAUCUCUUUGAACCCACCACCUGCUGAGUAUGGAAAUUCGACUACCUCUUUCCCCGACCUACCGACAUUCCCAAACUCCCUCCCCGAAAUCCCAUCCCUCCUCACCAACCCCUCCCUCCACCUCACCCUCCUCUCCCUCACCUGGCUCUACACCGCCCUCCGCGCCGCGCUCAACCGCCAGCCUACACCGUUGUACGAUUUGGUGAUGGUGUAUGCGGUGCUGGUGUGUACGGCUGUGGUGCGCGUUGGGGCGGGUGUUUGGGGUGCUGGGUAUUUGGGUGCUACGGGUUUGGGUGGUGUGGGGUACCUGGGUGUUGGUGCUAGUGGAAACGCUGCUUGGAAUGGAAAUGUUACUUCUGGUCUUGGUGGUCUCGUCGGCCUGGAUUGGACAGCAACUAUCUCGGACGGUAUCGCAGGCCUAGAUUGGACACCCGCAGACUGGACAGCCGCAUGGUCCGACCUCGUCUCCGCGCUGGUUUGUUUGGGGGUGUGCUUGUCGCUGCCGUUGAAUGUGCCCAGUGGGAGGGUUGAUGUUGGGAGGAUUGGCACAUCCCCCGGCCUCUCCCCCGAAGACUACACCACCCUCUUCUCCUGGCUCACCUUCUCCUGGGUGUACCCCCUCGUCCAGUCCGGGCGCCACAAAACCCUCAAUGAGGAGGAUGUCUGGGAGCUCAGUUGGGGUUUGAGGAGUCGCGUUGUGUGGGGUGUGUUUAGUCGGAUUCGGUUGAUUCUAGAUGCCAUCGGCGAACGCGGAUCUACCUCCUCGUUGGGGAACGAUGCGAAUGGGGCGUUCACCUCCUUGAACCGUCUACCUGUAAUCAACACAUUGGCCACUACCUUCGCGUCCACGCUCUCCUUAUACACCCCCACCCCCUCCCAAACAACCUCCCUCGCCUACAUCUACGCCCUCCUCUCCUUCCUCUUCACCCUCCUCAAAGCCGAAGCGGACGUCCAACACUUGUGGUAUGGACGACGAGCGGCGACGAGGAUUAGGAGCGAGUUGAUGGCUGCGAUAUAUGAUAAGGCGUUGAAGAGGCGGGAUUAUGCGGGUGUUGUUGGGCAGCAGGGCCAGGGGGGUUCUGGUACUUCCGGGUCUGGAGAGGAGGGGAAGGAUGGGAAGGAUGGAGGGAAGAAGAAGGAUGGGAAGAAAGGUUCGAAGAAGGAUGGGAAGGAUAAGAAGAAAGAUAAGAAAGGGAAGAAGAGCAAGGACAAGAAAGGCAAAUCCAAAGACGACAAAGCGGACGACCCGAAAGCAGGCGCGGACGUGGGCAAGAUCGUGAACCUCAUGGCUGGCGAUGCGAACCGUGUGUCGCAGACUGUGUCGGGGUUGUAUUUUAUUUAUGGAGCCCCCCUGGAAAUCAUAAUCGCCUCUACACUCCUCUACCAACUCCUCGGUAUUAGCGCUUUUAGCGGGUUCUUUGUGUUGGUGUUGGGGUGGCCUUUGAAUUCACGGAGCAUUAGGAUCCAGAAAGGUGUCUUGAGCGCGAGAGAUGGACGGAUGGGUGUGUUGAAUGAGUUGGUUGGUGCUGUUAAGUUUAUCAAGUUCUUCGCGUGGGAGGAGAGGUGGAUCCAGCGGGCGUUGGAUGCGAGGGAGAAGGAGAUGCAGUGGAUGGUUAAAGCUCGCGUCAACUCGGUCAUGUUUUACCUCCUCUGGACGCUCGCGCCGAUCCUCGUUUCCAUCAUCUCGUUCAUGACGUAUGUUUUGAGAGGGAACGAGUUGACUGUUAGUGUUGCGUUUACGAGUAUCGCCUUGUUCAAUAUGAUUCGGACACCGUUGAACGUCAUCCCGGCGUGGAUUGUUCAGAUUCUGCAGACCGGCGUAGCGCUCAAACGAAUCUCAGUCUACCUCGACGAAGAGGAAGUUGAUGCGCAGGUUUCGUCGCUCAAGGCUCAAGAGGGUUCCGCCUCAGUGACUAGCACAGUGGGAGAUGAUUUCUUCACCCGCUACGUGCGCGAACAGGAUGAACUCGAAAGGGGCGGACUCGGGUUGGAGAAUGCGACGUUGAAGUGGAACGAGGUGCCUAAGGAGAAGGACUCCAAGGACAGGGAUAACUCAGCGGACUCUGAGCGAGACCAGGCUGGUGCUUCCACUUCCACCGUAGAUGCUCAGGACGAGUCGGCUACACCCUCCCCCGAUGACGAUCUCGAAGCUCAGCUUCUUUCGGACGCGGAAACGGACGUUGAGAAUGGCGGGAACGCGGCUGACAUUGAAGGUGGAUUGUUGUUGUCGACGGAUGAAGAGCAGAGGUUCGAGUUGAAGGAUGUUACGGUUCGGUUCCCUGAGGGCAAGUUGACUGUUAUUACUGGUCCGACUGCGAGUGGGAAGACUGCCUUGUUGAUGGCCGUCCUCGGCGAAAUGACCCUCCUCUCCGGGCGCAUCAUCAUGCACAAAGACCCUACGCUCGUUGACCCCGAAACGGGCUUGACGCACUCGAUUUCGUACGCCGCUCAGACGCCGUGGUUGCGCCACCAGUCUAUCCGGGAGAAUAUUUUGUUUGGGCAGCCGUUUGAUAGGGACAGGUAUGAGGCUGUUGUGGAUGCUUGUGCGUUGAGGAUGGAUUUGGAGGUUCUGGAAGAUGGCGACGAGACCGAGAUUGGAGCGCGCGGUGUUAGUCUGAGUGGAGGACAGAAAGCGCGCGUGGCUCUUGCUCGAGCUGUGUACGCGCGGACCAAGUAUGUUCUCUUGGACGAUCCUCUCAGUGCUGUCGACAGCCACACCUCCCGCCUCCUCUUCGAGAACCUGCUCCAAGGCCCGCUCCUCGCGAACCGCACGGUCGUUCUGGUGACGCACCACGUCGAACUCGUCCUCCCCGGCGCACACUACCUCGUACGCAUGCUCGACGGGCGGAUCGAUACGCAGGGCACAGUUGAGGAGCUAAGAAGCGCCGGCCUCAUCGACGAUAUUGCUUUUGAUGCGUUUGUGGACUCUGGGCUGCGUGGGGAGGGAGAGGAGGAGUUUGUGUUUAAUGUUGAGGAUGCGGAUGCGAGUGGGGGUGCUAGUCCCGGCGUUGGUGAGGGAGUGGAGGGGACGAUGCCUACCACCCCUGGUGAAACUGUUCCUACUGUUGCUAGCGGUGCCGCUGGCACCCCCACCGCGGCCGCGGCGACAACUGCGACCGCGACCUCCUCGGCUAUGAAGAAGGGCAAGAAGAAGCCGCGCAAGUUGGUUAAGGAUGAGCACAGGGAGACGGGUGGUGUCAAGUGGUCGAUUUAUAAGGCUUAUUUGAAGGCUUCCUCGUAUUGGAUCUGGGCAUUCCUCGCCUUUAUGGUCGUCGUCGUCCAAAUCCUCGGCGCUAGCGAGAAGCUCUGGAUCACAGUCUGGGGCGAAGCUUACAAGAAGGAUAACAGUACUACCUCGGCCUCCUUCGCCUUCGAUUCGCCUGUCUCUACGCAAGAACGCCCUCCUUCUCCAGCCUUUGUCGCCCUCCGGUCGUUUGCGGUUUUCCCUGAACACGACGCUGGUGUCGCUGGGUACUUUGCGCAUCACCAUCACUACGAUACGGUGUUCCAGGCUAUCGCUAACGUGAAGGUGGAGGGUGUUGCUCCGGCUCCAGCUUUUGUGGGCGGUUCUCGGUCCUCGGAUUUGGUCAAUGCUUCAGCCUCUACCUCUGCUACGGCGUCUUCUUCUCUGGAAGACCACGAAGCUGGCGACGAUUCCGAUGUCCGUGAUUCGGAUAGCAGCGUCAGCUCCACCGAGUUUUCAAAGGUGAAAGGCGCGUUUGGAAUCGAUUGGCCGGAUGCUUCUGAGCAUCCUUUGUUCUACGUUGGGGUGUAUGCUGGGAUUGGGAUGUUGAUUGCGCUUGCGAAUGUGUUGAGUGUUACGGCGCAGUAUACGGCUGCGCUUCGGGCUUCCAGGGUCCUCUUCCAGCAACUCUUGACGAGCGUCGUGCGAGCGACGUUUAGAUUCCAUGACACCACUCCCCAAGGAAGGAUGCUGAACAGGUUUGGAAAGGACAUUGAGACGAUCGAUUCUUCGCUCGCUGGAUCGCUUCAGGCUGUCAACUCUUCUUUGGCCAGUUUCUUCGCUGCGAUCGUGAUCAUUGCUGUCGUGUUCCCCUACUUCCUCAUCCCAGCAGCGUUCAUCGGUCUCGCCUACCGCGAACUCGCCAUCGGGUACCUCAACACCGGCCGGGACCUCCGCCGGAUGGAAUCCAACACACGUUCCCCGAUCUUUUCUGAUUUCGGAGAGCUGUUGGAGGGUAUUGUAACGAUGUGGUAUGCGUUUUGGAUGACCAACCGGUGGUUACUUUUGAACUUUGAUGCCCUGGGAGCGUUGGCGGUGCUUGUUACUAGCUUGUUUGCGAUUUCGACGCUGUCGAGAGGAGCGGGGUUGGCUGGGUUGUGUAUUACGAGUGCUAUGACGUUCACUUCUUCUGUGUAUUGGGCGUGUCGGUUCUGGACUGCUUUGGAGUUGGAUCUCAACUCUGUCGAACGUGUCGUCGAGUACCUCGACCUCCCGCAAGAACCACCCGCGAUCAUCGAGUCGAACCGACCACCCGCUUACUGGCCUUCGAUCACCAGCAACGACAACCUAGUCGUCGUCGAGAACCUCGUCAUCAAAUACGCGCCUGACCUGCCUGCUGUCCUGCAUGACGUGUCGUUCUCCCUCAAGGGCGGCGAGCGGAUUGGGCUCCUUGGUAGGACGGGAAGUGGCAAGUCGACGCUGGCUAUGAGUAUCUUGCGAUUUGUCGACCCCACGGAAGGCAAGAUUAUCAUUGAUGGGAUUGAUAUUUCGACGAUUGGGAUUCAUGAUUUGAGGUCCCGAGUUACGUUCAUCCCGCAAGACGCUACAUUGUUCUCUGGUACUCUCAGGGAGAAUUUGGAUCCCUUCGGUGACCACACCGACGCUGAGUGCUUGGACGUGUUGCGACGAGUGCACAUGAUCACGGACAGCACCCUCGCUUCUCGAAGAUCAUCGCGCGAACAAUCUGCUGCGUCCUCUCGGGCACCCUCAAUCUUGAAUGUCGAACGCGAGCAAACUGACGCCACCCAUGAAACCGAACCAACGGCUGGUUCUUCCGCCCAGUCUAUCAUGUCGACUGGAACCUCCAUCACCGAGAUCGACCCCAAAGCCAAGAUCAACCUUGACACCAAAGUCUCUGCUGGCGGCACCAAUUUCUCGCAGGGCCAGCGCCAGCUCAUCGCUAUGGCGCGUGCGCUGUUGAGGAAGAGCGCCAUCGUGGUUUUGGACGAGGCGACUAGCAGCAUUGACUUUGCUACUGACGCGAAGAUCCAGACUACGAUUCGACAGGAGUUUGUUGGAUCGCUGUUGUUGACUGUUGCGCAUCGGUUGAGGACUGUGAUUGAUUAUGAUAGGUUGAUUGUACUUGAUAAGGGCAAGAUCGUGGAGUUUGAUACGCCGUACAACCUUAUCAAGAAGGAGGGUGGUACGUUUAGGAAGAUGUGUUUGAAGAGUGGGACGUUCAGCGAGCUUGAGGCUGCGGCCAAGGCUAAAGCUGAAGCGGAUGCUGCUGCUGCUGUUGUUGCUUCUGAAUCAUUGUCAUGAUCGUGAACAUCUCAGAUGCGCUACUUCUCUGCUAUUGCUAGUUCAGAUCUCGUAUAGUUUUUUUUCAUCGCUUUUUCUUGCUGGAUAUCGUACAUAAUAUAAUGCUUCGUCUCACCCCGCCUUGUUGAACCAUGAAGAGAUGGGGGAGCGACUUGAGUUAC